AUGGGAAAAGCUGAUAAGAUAUUGGAAGAAACAGUAAAUUCAACGAGCGAGACUAUUCAAGUCAUACAAGACCUCAAUGAAGUUAUAAACUCAGGAGAGGUCCCGUCGUGUCCGACUUCUGUUGGAGAACAUUUCAAAUUAGCUUUAGGAGCCGUAGGUACUUUAGGAGAGGCUGUUGGGCCCUUUCUUCCUUUGAUAGCGGCAGUUUCUACACUUACAGCUCAAAUUGUAAAAGCUUACGAAAAUGCUCAGUAUAAUAAGAAAUCAUGUGCAGCUUUGAUCCAAAGGGUACAAGCAGCCGAAGUAGCCGUUCAAGCAUUAAAUCGUCGUAAACAGGAAAAUGAGAAAAAUUUUCGUAAUCAAAAGUAUUAUUUCGCUUUUGAAAGAUUUGUCGCUAUUUUAAGAGAUAUUAAGGGUUAUAUUCAAGAUGUAACUAUUUUGUCCGGUUACAGAAAAUUUAUUUCAAGUGGUGCGAUUAAAGAAAGGUUUCAACAAUUGGUUAAAGAAUUUGACACUAUCGUUAGUGAUUUACAAUUGGCAAUGGUAAUUGCUAAUGCGGAGGAAAGAAAGAAAGAUGCUGAUAUUUUACAAGAAGAUAUUGAAGAAAUGGCAAAAUUUUUGCAAAAAAUUGAAGGUGGUGUGACCACAAUAGAUAAAAAAAUUAGUAAUGUUCUCGAGCAUAUCUUAACUUUAAAAGGAAAGUCAUUCGAAAAAGAUUUUAAUCCUACUAUAAAAAGCAUUCAACCAAAUGAAUUAAUGGAUCCGCCUAAUAAUCAAACAACUUCUACACGUAAUAAGCAAGUAAAGAUACAAAAAAAACGUUAUAGGGGUUUAGAUGUGGCAUGUAAAGUUAUCACUUUCUCUAUCGAAGAAAAUAAUAAAUCCGAGACAAAUAAAUUAGAAACAAAUAGAAUUCACGCAGAAUUAGCAAUCUUAAGUAAUUUAGGAAAAUGUGAUUAUAUUAUUAACUUUUAUGGAUUAAGUCAAAUGAACGGAAAUACUUUGGGUGUUUUUGGAUGGGCUGAGAAAGGAAAUUUGAAAAAACUUUAUGAGAAAUAUGAUAUUGAAUGGCCUCGAAAAUUAAAAAUUGCACUAAAUAUUUGUCGUGGAAUUACUUUUCUUCAUGGUUGUCAAAUUUUGCAUCAUGACAUUAGGUGUGAAAACAUAUUAAUAACCGACAUUUCAGAACCGAAAAUUUCGAAUUUCAAAUAUAGUCGUGCUUUACAAGAUGAUACCACUAACAUUGGAAAUAUUACACAAAUCGUUCGUUGGUUAGCUCCCGAGAAAAUGAAUUCAAAGAAAUUAAAUCAGCACAUUAGUGCAGCUAACAACCCACAAUCACAACCAUCUAAGAAAGAAGAGGCCAAAAAAGAUAAAAACAAAGAUGAUGAUUAUGUUCCCUAUACCAUUCAAUGUGAAAUAUUUAGCUUUGGAAUGUUACUUUGGGAAUUGGCCUUCCAGAAAUUUCCAUAUAAAGAUUGGGAGAUUUCUCAUAUUCAGGAACACGUAUUAAAAGGCGGAAGAGAAACCUUAAAUUUUCCUUUAGGUCAAUAUGGUGUUGAAAGGAAAUUUGGCAACAUUAUCAAAGCUGCUUGGCAACAAGAUCCUUCUCUUCGUCCAGAAUUAAAUUAUUUAUUCAACGAUCUCGAACAAUUAAGUGCUCCUUGGACUUUACAAUCACCAGGAUUGAUCGCAAAAAAAACUAUUGAUGAAGACAUAAACCCUAUUGAAACACCGCAUCGAAGAUCAUCAUCAUAUGAAAGUUUUGAUUUGCCAAGUACACCAGAUUUUGAUUUAGAUCAAAUUACAGUUAUGCCAAUGAUGAAACUUGAAGAUGGAAUAACAGCUCAUAAACAAGGAGAUCGGAAAAAAGCUUAUGAAUGUUUUUUAAAUCAUUCUGACAUAGGUAACAAAGUAGCAAAAUAUUGGUUAGGCUAUUAUUAUUGGGAAGGUUAUGUCGUUGAGAAGUCGCCGAAAAAAGGAGCCGAAUUAUUUAAAGAAGCCGCUGAUAAAGGGGUUCCUGAUGCUCAGUUAAGAUAUGCGUUUGCGUUAUCGGAUAAGAACAGUCCACUUAAGUUUGAUUUAGAUGAAUUUGUAAAAUAUUUAUCCAUGGCUGCUGAUAAUGGAAAUACUGCUGCUCAAUUUAACUUGGGUGAUUUGUAUUAUAAUGGUAAAUUAGGUGUACCAAAAGAACCACAAAAAGGUUUGAGUUAUUUAAAAUUGGCUGCUAUUAAAGGUCAGCCAAAAGCUCGUGCUAUGUUGGAUAAAUUAGAGAUUAAUUAUUAUGUUCAAGAUGAUGAAGAAUCCGAUUUUAAAGAAUUUAAAUCGUAA